AUGUCUUCCUACCGGCAGGCCUGCAACUACGGCAGGUACCCACCCCCCGGCAUGAACGCCUGCAGCCAGCCCUGCGUCACCUCCUGCGGGGACUCCCGUGCCGUGGUCUACCCACCUCCCGUGGUCAUCACCUUCCCAGGCCCCAUCCUCAGCUCCUGCCCUCAGGAGAGCUUCGUGGGCACCUCAGCCCCAUUGGAGAUAGGCAGCUCCUUUGGCUACGGGAGCUCCCUGGAUGCCCAGAGCUCCUUCGGGUCCGGUGGCUCCCUGGGUGGCAGAUACUCCUACCCCUGCUAUUCCCGCAGGUACACGACUUACCAUAGUGGGAGCUGUGGGCCCUGCUAA